AUGUGUCUAUCCGGACUUACCCAAAUUCUUUAUGGUGUUCUUAUGGGAGCCAGUGCUAUUUUAACAGCGAUUGCCUUAUUUACUCCAAGCUGGAAUACACUCGAAGAUAAUCUUAAUGAUGGCAUUAAAACUGAUCCAUCAAAAUGGAAUGGAUUGAUGCCAUGGUCCUGUGUGAAUCAUUCCAAGGGCAAUACUUGUCAAGAUUGGUGGGCGAAUCUCCCAACAUGGCUGCGAACUGUUGUUGUUUGCAUGAUCCUCUCUCUUAUCGUCGAAAUAUUCGCGUUCGUAUACAAUGUGCUUACAUGUCUUGCCUGCUGCUGUAAAAAGUACGUCAUCCACCCAUUAACAUUUUUCGCCGUUGUCUCCACGAUCCUUCUUCUCAUCGCUGAUAUCGUCUAUGCCGCUGAAUGGGGAGAGUUCAUUAAAGGAAUUGAUACCAGCUCCCAACUUGGAUACUCAUAUUGGCUAUCCAUUGGUGCCCUUAUAUGUUCAGCAGCUAGCGUCAUCGUUGGAGCCAUCGCGGUGUUCUUUGGAGAACGCUGUUGUUAA